CUCCAUCAUGUCGAUUACGACAAAAGAGCCGUACUAGCUGAGCCGUACUAGGUCAUUUGAUUCAAGCAAUAUCUAAUAUUGAGCUGAGGAGUGAGGAGUGAGGAGUAAUCUGAGAAGAGGGAGUUAUGCUGAGAAAUAGCUCCAGAGCAGUGAGCGGCGAGGGGGAAGAGGAGAAGAAAGGGGGAAACAUGUCGAGCAGGGAUUUCGCAGAAGAUCUGUUAAUGGAGAUCCUAUCAAGACUGCCCGUCAAAUCCUUGAUGCGCUUCAAGUGCGUAAGCAAAUCCUUCUAUGCUCUUAUCACUAAGCCUUGUUUCAUUACCAAGCACCUCACUUCUCACAAUCCCCACAGAGAGGCCAUCCUUAGGCGUGGGAAAGGGUCGGAACGCCCACGUUUCCCAAUGCCCGCUAUUCCUAAUGAAAACCAAGAGCUGGCACUUCCACGUCUCUCAAGGCUCUCUGAUGAAACCCUAGAGCUGUCCGAGGAUGUAGAUCUCUCACAAUUGUUUCAGGAUGAGGUUUCCGGGGUACAACUGCUCGGCCCCUGCAAUGGAAUACUCUGUUUGGUUGGUACUCUGAAGAUGACCAAGGAUGGAGACCUGCAACCCGGUUAUGAGAUGGUGUUAUGGAACCCUGCCACAAGAGAAUCAAAGAUGCUUCCCCCAAUGGAUAUGCCCACCUCGACUUUUACUUCCUAUUUUGGCUUCGGUUUUGAUCCCAAGACUAAUGAUUACAAUGUGAUUUGGAUUCUGAACUUCGAUUUCCGGCAAUGCAAAGUUGAGGUCUACAGCCUUAGUACUAAUUCUUGGAGGGUGAUUGAUUCAUCCCCAAACCCAUCUCUUUUCAUUAAGUUACCUCGUUUUCCUUCAUGCCUAAAUGGAGUUCAUUAUUGGUGGGCUUGUGAGAGUGAGGACUAUUUUGAUGAAGGGCCCCGACACUUUAUUGCCUUUGAUAUGAGCAACGAGGUGUUCCAAGAGCUACUGCCUCCCCCAACAAGAGGAUUUUAUCUUGAGGGUAUUGCUGUUUUCAAUGACUCUGUAACUCUGAUUUUACCAUCUGGCAAUUUGAUGGAAAAUUGGAUUGAGAUAUGGGUGUUGAAUGAGUCUGGUGUUGAAAGCACUUGGACCCCAGGCUUUGCAAUCCGACACAUUCCUCAUUAUUGGUGUCUGAUACAACUUCGGGAGGAUGAUUCCGCAGUUCUAACCGAUGAAGAUGAUUGCUUGGUAUUAUAUCACAAUGGAACACAAGAAAGGAGGAAUCUUCAAAUAGUUGAGGCUAGACCCUCUCAACUUGUUACUUACACAGAGUCCCUAAUUCUCCUCAACGGAUCGGGGAAUGUGCUUGAGCAACAAGCCACGUCAUAACAAGUUUUUGUGCAUGAUAGGAACCAGAUGAACGUGACAAUGAGACGUGCUACUCGGAUCAGCCUCUUCACAUUCGGCCUCUUUCUUUUGGGUGGGGAUUGCUAACUUUAUUUUGUGCUAUUUUUCUUCUAGGUAGUUGACCUCAAGGCUGGUGUUGCUUUGAUUAAGGUAGUUUCUAAUGUGUCGAAUAUGUUGACUCUAACACUAAGACAUUGCGUUUUAUUUAUUUAUUUAUGGAGCUUUCAAUCU